GUUCGACGAGCGCCUCGGCGGUUGGCGAAGCGGCCGGGGUGCUGCCUCCCCGGCGUGAGGAGCGGGGCCCCGCUGACAGAUUCCCCCAGCUUCCGGCCUCGCCACCGGGGAGGCGGCUCCCCGGGGGCCCGAGAAAGCUUCUUCGGGUGGCGCUGCCUGCCCGGCUCGCUGGUUCUCCGGCGGGUGGAGCGAGCGGCCUCUGAGGAGGAGGAGGAGGAGGAGGUGGCCGGGGUCGGCGGGCGGAGACUCCCCCUUCGCCGGCGGCCGCGGCGGGCAGGACAAUGGAGGCGGCUGUGGAGAAGGCGGCGGCGGCGGCGGCGGCGGCGGCCGCUCCGGCAGCUGCCGCCGGGGGGCCCUCGGCGACGGCGGCGGGCGGAGAGAACGAGGCCGAGAGUCGGCAGGGCCCGGACUCGGAGCGGGGCUGCGAGGCGGCCCGGCUCAACCUGUUGGACACUUGCGCCGUGUGCCACCAGAACAUCCAGAGCCGGGCGCCCAAGCUGCUGCCCUGCCUGCACUCCUUCUGCCAGCGCUGCCUGCCCGCGCCGCAGCGCUACCUCAUGCUGCCCGCACCCAUGCUGGGCUCGGCCGAGACCCCGCCGCCCGCGGGCGGCUCCCUGCCCUUCGCCACCCAAGUUGGAGUCAUCCGGUGCCCAGUUUGCAGCCAAGAAUGUGCAGAGAGACACAUCAUAGAUAACUUUUUUGUGAAGGACACUACCGAGGUCCCCAGCAGUACAGUAGAAAAGUCUAAUCAGGUGUGUACAAGCUGUGAGGACAAUGCAGAAGCUAAUGGAUUUUGUGUAGAGUGUGUUGAAUGGCUGUGUAAGACAUGUAUCAGAGCUCAUCAAAGGGUGAAAUUCACAAAAGACCACACCGUAAGACAGAAAGAGGAAGUAUCUCCAGAGGCGGUUGGUGUGACCAGUCAGCGGCCAGUGUUUUGUCCUUUUCAUAAAAAGGAGCAGUUGAAACUUUACUGUGAGACUUGUGACAAACUGACAUGUCGGGAUUGCCAGCUGUUAGAACAUAAAGAGCAUAGAUACCAAUUUAUAGAAGAAGCUUUUCAGAACCAGAAAGUGAUAAUAGACACACUAAUCACCAAACUAAUGGAAAAGACAAAAUACAUAAAAUUUACAGGAAAUCAGAUCCAAAAUAGAAUAAUUGAAGUCAAUCAAAACCAAAAACAGGUGGAACAGGAUAUUAAAGUUGCUAUAUUUACAUUGAUGGUAGAAAUAAACAAGAAAGGAAAAGCUCUCCUGCAUCAGCUAGAGAGCCUUGCAAAGGACCAUCGUAUGAAACUUAUGCAACAGCAACAGGAAGUGGCUGGACUUUCUAAACAGUUGGAACAUGUCAUGCAUUUUUCUAAAUGGGCAGUUUCCAGUGGCAGCAGUACAGCAUUACUUUAUAGCAAGCGACUGAUUACAUACCGGUUACGGCACCUCCUUCGUGCCAGGUGUGAUGCUUCCCCAGUGACCAACAACACCAUCCAGUUUCACUGUGAUCCUAGUUUCUGGGCUCAAAAUAUUAUCAACUUAGGUUCUUUAGUAAUCGAGGAUAAAGACAGCCAGCCGCAAAUGCCUAAGCAGAAUCCUAUCGUGGAACAGAAUUCCCAGCCCUCAGGUGGCUUAUCUUCCAACCAGUUAUCCAAGUUUCCAACACAGAUCAGCCUAGCUCAAUUACGACUCCAGCAUAUGCAGCAACAGGUAAUGGCUCAGAGGCAACAGGUGCAACGGAGGCCAGCACCUGUGGGUUUACCAAACCCUAGAAUGCAGGGGCCCAUCCAGCAGGGGCCCAUCCAGCAACCUUCCAUCUCUCAUCAGCAACCUCCUCCACGUUUGAUAAAUUUUCAGAAUCACAGCUCCAAACCCAAUGGGCCAGUUCUUCCUCCUCAUCCUCAGCAGCUGAGAUAUCCACCAAACCAGAAUGUACCCCGACAAACAAUAAAGCCCAACCCCUUGCAGAUGGCUUUCUUGGCUCAACAAGCAAUAAAGCAGUGGCAGAUCAGCAGUGGACAGGGUACACCAUCCACUGCCAGCAGCACGUCUUCCACUCCUUCUAGUCCUACCAUCACUAGUGCAGCAGGGUAUGAUGGGAAGUCUUUUGGAUCACCUAUGAUAGAUCUGAGUUCACCAGUGGGUGGCACUUACAAUCUUCCUUCACUUCCAGAUAUUGACUGUUCAAGUACUAUAAUGCUGGACAACAUUGGAAGGAAAGAUACUAGUAUAGACUCUGGCCAACCCAGACCACCGUCAAACAGGACGGUGCAGUCACCAAACUCAUCAGUACCUUCUCCAGGCCUUGCAGGACCUGUUACUAUGACUAGUGUACAUCCUCCAAUACGCUCACCUAGUGCCUCCAGCAUUGGGAGCCGAGGAAGCUCUGGCUCUUCCAGCAAACCAGCGGGAGCUGAUUCUACACAUAAAGUCCCAGUGGUCAUGUUGGAGCCAAUCCGAAUAAAACAAGAAAACAGUGCACCACCUGAAAAUUAUGAUUUUCCUGUUGUUAUAGUGAAACAAGAAUCUGAUGAAGAAUCUAGGCCUCAGAAUACCAGUUAUCCUAGAAGCAUCCUUACUUCCCUGCUGUUACAUAGUGGCCAGAGCUCUGCUUCUGAAGAGACUGUGGUAAGAUCUGAUGCGCCUGAUAGCACAGGAGAUCAGCCUGGAUUGCACCUGGAGAAUUCCUCAAGUGGAAAGUCUGAGUGGCUGGAUGCCUCCCAGAAGUCUCCUCUUCAUGUUGGAGAGACGAGGAAAGAGGAUGAUCCCAAUGAGGACUGGUGUGCGGUGUGUCAGAAUGGAGGGGAGCUCUUAUGUUGCGACAAGUGUCCCAAAGUAUUCCAUCUCUCUUGUCACGUGCCCACACUGACAAAUUUUCCAAGUGGAGAGUGGAUUUGUACUUUUUGCCGAGACUUAUCUAAACCAGAAGUUGAAUAUGAUUGUGAUGCUCACGGGCACAGCUCAGAAAAAAGGAAAGCUGAAAGCCUCAGUAAGUUAACACCAGUAGAUAAGAGGAAGUGUGAACGUCUACUUUUAUUUCUUUACUGCCAUGAAAUGAGUCUCGCUUUUCAAGAUCCUGUUCCUCUAACAGUUCCUGAUUAUUAUAAAAUAAUUAAAAACCCCAUGGACUUGUCAACCAUUAAGAAAAGACUGCAAGACGAUUACUCCCUGUAUACAAAGCCUGAAGAUUUUGUUGCUGAUUUUAGGCUUAUCUUUCAAAACUGUGCAGAAUUCAAUGAGCCUGAUUCAGAAGUAGCUAACGCUGGUAUAAAACUUGAAAACUAUUUUGAAGAACUUCUAAAGAACCUUUAUCCAGAAAAAAGAUUUCCUAAACUAGAAUUCGGGAAUGAAUUUGAAGAUAAUAAAUUUAGUGAUGAUUCCGAUGAUGACUUUGUACAGCCCCGGAAGAAACGCCUGAAAAGCAUCGAGGAGCGUCAGUUGCUUAAAUAAGCAGCACCGCUGGCAUGUGGCUGGUACUUAGAUUUGUUUUCCCGAAACAGCUGUCAAUCAUUUAACAACAGUACCAAGAAGAAUUUGUGACCUCUCUGA